AUGGAAGAGGCUAUGGAACUUGUUGAGCCCCCCACGUGGAACUUGUUCGUGGAUGGUUUGGCUGGAGACACAGGUUCGGGAGCUGGGGUGGUCCUUGUAAGCCCAGAAGUUAGAGAUAAAAUCAUAGCCUCCUACUUGAAGAUGGUGAUGAACCUCCUCCCAUCUUUUGAAAAAUUCGAAAUAAUGCAGAUCCCUAGCCUCGAAAACGCACAUGCGGAUGCUCUCUCUAAACUCGCGAGCAACAAGGACUCCAAACUACUUACUAUACUACCAAUUGAGCACCUCCUCACGCCGUCUACCGAGGCCACUGAGGUUCUGUCCACUGACAAAGAUGAGACCUACAAGCUGAGAAAGAGGUCAGCUCAUUUCCUCUUCAUUGACGAAGUACUUUACAAAAGAAGCUUCUCCUCCCCACUUCUUCGCUGCGUGGGGGGAGACGAGGUCUCUUACAUCUUGAGGGAAAUCCAUGAAGGUGUUUAUGACAAUCAUUCAGGAGGACUAGCCUUGGCACAAAAGAGGAGGCGCGAACUUUGCCAUGUGGCCAUUGAUUACUUCACGAAGUGGGUUGAAGCCGAACCGCUAGCGAAAAUCACAGAAGCAAAAACAUCCAAGUUCUUUUGGAAGAAUAUCAUAUGCCGAUUCAAAAUUCCCCACUCCAUAGUUUCAGACAAUGGAAGGCAGUUCGACAAUAAAAAGGUCAGGAACCUGGGUGAAGAACUUGGGAUUAGGAAGCACUUCUUAACACCUCGUCAUCCUCAAGCCAAUGGCCAAGUUGAGGCUGUAAACAAGAUGAUCAAACAUGUCCUCGAAAGGAAACUGGAUGCAUCAAAGGGAGCCUGGGUUGAUAAGUUGCCUCAAGUGCUAUGGGCAAUCCGAACUACUGCCAGAACUCUCGCGGGGGAAACUCCUUUCCUUAUGGCCUAUGGAACCGAAGCCAUGAGCCCAGUCAAGGUCGGUUUACCAUCACCUCGUCGUCUACACUUCAGCGAAAUAUCUAAUGACGAGCUACUGAGGUUCAACCUCGACUUCAUUGAUGAAAGAACAGAUGACUCCCAGCUGAGGCUCGCUGCUUACCAAAGGAAAAUGACUAAGUACUUCAAUUCUAAAGUGAAGAAGAGGUUCUUCCAAAUCAAUGACCUGGUCUUUAGGAGAGUCUUCCUCUCCUCCAAAGGACCUGGAGAAGGUACCAUGGGUCCAAACUGA